AUGCCAUCCGGAGCCGUCGUUGUGUUGCAGAAGAUGGAAGGGCUCACAAACAGCCUGCGGGAGAUUGGCUCGUCCGUCAAGAGACUCCUCUCGAUGAAGGGCCGGGUAUCAGCAACAGCAGCUGCAGCGAGAGUGUUCACAGACAUCGCAGAUUGCGACAUACGCGGCUGCAUCUCCCACGAUUCUUCUGUCGCGAUACUCAACGUGUCGUGGCCAGAAAUGUCUCCUGCAGGCAAGCUGCUUGCAGCACCUGUGCCUUCUGCAGGCAAGCUGCUUGAAGCAUCUGUGCCUUCUGCAGGCAAGCUGACCGAAACGGAGCAGCCGGACAGCUGGUCUGAGGCCUGCACUGCUGCCACUUGGUCUCGAGCCGUCGUCCAGGAGCAGGCCUUGCCUGAGCAAGGCAACGAGAAGAAGUCUGAGCAAGGCAAUGCCGGCAACGGCUCCCCGGUGAAGCUGGAGUUGGUGAGCCCGAAGAAAGGGGCUAGCCCGAAAAGGCCUGCCACGGCUGCCGCCAAGGCUCACCCGAAAAUCGGGCAGUCCGAAGCGAAGAAGAUGAACCAGAAACUGAAGGCUUUGGCCAAGGCCGGCAAGACGGUGUAUCUGCUGGAUCCCGAAAUCUCUGAGAGGAGGGUCGCGAAGACAGACGUGCAAGCAGAGGAGGACAGAGACGACACCCACAAGGGCUGGUUCACAGACGACGAGAUCGCCGGCUUCAAGGGGCUUUUCCCUCACUCGAGUGACUACUCUAGCCUGAAGAAGGCUUGUGUUCAGGACUUGCUCGAGAGAGAGCAUGAGGAUGAGAACUUAGCCAAGUUGGGAAUCAAGCAGUACUACUUCGAGCACUGCAAGACUUUCAGCAGCAGCUCCAAGAAAAGAGAGCUUCAGCUGGAGGAGAACGUUGGGGACGUGGGCAAGGAGGAUUUUGAGGAAAUCCGCAAGAAGCUCAAGGGUGCGGCCACCCAGAAGAUGAUUAGCAAAGGCCAGUCCGGUAGGUUGCCUGGAGAAGGCAAGGAAAAGGAAGCCGAGGUUCGCAUCGACCAUGAGCAGAACUACAAGGACCAGCGAAAGAAGCUCACUGGCCAGCUCACCCAAGUGAGCACAGAACUGGCAACUGUGGAGCUGCUCAAGGUCUCGCUUGACCACAAGAAGCACAAGAUGGCAACCGUGGUGCUGGCACAGGUGGCAGAGUUGGAGUCGAAGCUCUAUUCCUGCAAAAAGGAAGUGAUGGACAGCCAGCACAAGUUCCCCAAGCAGCCCGAAAAGGAUCACGAAGAGUUGGCCAGCAAGCUGGCGGCAGUCGUGGCAAGCAUCUCUGAGAAGUUGAAGCGGAGCUCUCAUCGCACAAGAAGUGGGAUGAAGAGAAUGCCUGAAAGUCAAAGCGCUUCAGCGGCGAAACUCACUUGGGUCGCAGCCCCUGGCCUGCACAAGGCCGCCUGCAGCUUUUCGCAAAGCCCCAACUCUGGGACAUUUAGCUUUGACUCUGGACGAGUCGCUUUUGGCGGUGUGGAAAACCCGUUCGAUUUGCAGGGUGCCGCCGAGGGUUGCCUCUACUACUACUUGUGA